CCUAGCUCCAAAACAGAUAAAAUAUACGACUUCAAUCCUCCCUCGGCCACCACCCCUAACAACAAUCAUACACCAACGUCAACAGAGACAACGAAGGAUACGAAGAAGAAGAAGAUGAACAAGUAAUCGAAGGUUGCUUGGUUUUUGAAUGAGGCGUAUUCGAAGACCUUUUCAUUCAAAACGAAAUUCAGCUUGAAGCCCCCAAACCCUCCAAAAGGGUUAAUAAAAUUGUGGUUCGACCGGAGGAUUUUGGUUCCAGCGAAAUGGAAAGACGUUAAACAGAGAUUAAUACCACGCAGAAAGAGAGGAGAAAGAUGGCCCAGGAAUUGGAAUUUGGGAGCAGAUUACAGAAGAGAAAAGAUGGCUUUAAACCUAUAUUGAUGGCGUAUGAGAGUAGGAAAGAGUACAAAGCUGCAAAACUUAGGGAAUUGAAACCAGUUGUGCUGAAUAAUCCUCAAAUUUUGGUGGACAAGAACGAAGGUGAUGAUACCGAAGAUGAAAUUGACGAGGGCAAAGGUAGCAGGGGCAUUAAAGUGGCCCCUAAGAACCCUAAAAUGGUUGUAUAUGAUCAUGUAGCUGCAAAAGAUCCAGAAGGUAGAAAGAUGGGAAAACCAAUAUUUUGCUUCUACUGGUUGGUUGCAUGA